ACGUCAAUUUUUCAGAUUUUAUAUCCUCAAAUAUUAAAACGAGACUUUCGAACAGGCGAAGUUUACUUUUGUAAUUAAUAAUACAAAAAUAUCCAAUUAGUUUCAUAAAAAAAAAACUAACAGCACAAAUUAUAGCCAAAUUAAAAUUCAUUCAUAAAACUACAAAGAACAAAAACAAAGAGAGCAAUAACCACAAACAACUACAAAAGAAAAAAAUAUACUAUAAAAAAAUGUCCGUGGACGACUUCCUUAAAGGUCUUCCUUGUCACAAUGCCAACAAUUUCUCGCUCUUCAACACAGAAAAUGGUAUUCGCACAUCACAAAAGCGUCCCUCUGUUUAUUUGCCAACCGAAGAUAGCCCAGCCGAACAGGUCAUUGUCCUCGAGAAACGUUGCAUCCUACUGCGCUAUCUAACACAUCAAUGGGACAAAAAGACAUCCCUCCGCAAACGUGACCAUUCGGCUGAAGAUGCAAACAAUCCAAAUAGUAGCAGUUGUAAGAAACGCCCGCGAAUGGAUCCCAUCGAAAUGAACUAAUACUAAAAAGCGAAAUCCAGGAGAGAGGCUUUCUAAAUAUAUCUAUUUUCUGUGUCAUUUCUUUUUUUUCAGUUCAUUCUUAAAGGCUUAGUUUAAAUUGGGAUGAUUAAGUCUGGCCUCACGGCAGUUUGUAGGCUUUCUUGUUUUGCCUUGGAAAUUCCGUGAGGCUGGACAAGGACAUCCCAAUCUGAACAAGUUCUUUUUCUUAUUUUUAUUAUUUUUUUUUUUAUUAACUUUUAAAAUAUACUUGGAUAUAUCUUAAAUGUUUAUUUUCAUUUUUCUGGAUUAUCAUUAAUUAUGUACAAUCUUUACGUUUUUUUUCUUUCUUUUUUUUUCUGUAAAACAAAAACAAAAAAAAAAUUAUCUAUAAAUCUAUGUUUAUGUUAUGAAUCUGUAAGAUAACACAACAUAUAUUUCUAAUUUUAUACUUUACAAAGAAGAAGAUUUUUAUUGAUUGGACUUUUUAAAACUGUGCUGGGAAUGCAUUUAUUCUGAAGUCAAAUUCAUAAGAUUAAAUUCUGAAAAUAAGAAAAAAAAGCAAAAAACAAAAACUAUAGUUUAAACAAUAAAAUUCAAUGUGAAACUGA